GUCUAUUUGAACGAUGAAAAGCGGGCUCAUAGACAUUCGAGAGGGAAACAAAGGAAGAGUGAACAGCUUGCUACUGUUGGACGCGAAAACUGGAAUACUUUACUUUUUCCUCAUCAGGAUAUUCUGGCCAUCGUACAAGGUUGCCGUCAUGUCUCACAAACAGAUCUACUACUCCGAUAAAUACGACGACGACAAGUACGAGUACAGGCAUGUAAUGCUACCCAAAGAUAUUGCAAAGCGUGUUCCCAAGACCCAUUUGAUGUCGGAGACGGAGUGGAGGAACCUGGGGGUCCAGCAGAGCCAAGGAUGGGUCCAUUACAUGAUCCACCAGCCAGAGCCACACAUCUUGCUGUUCAGACGCCCUCCCCAGCCAAAAGUCAUAAGGGAGCGAUUCUCUGGGUCCUUGGAAGAUAAGUCCUACUUAUGUGCCACAGAUCAACUCAUCAAAAUAGAGAUCAUGCUGUCAGAUUACCAAACUCUUGUGUGGUAGGUGACUUGUUCUAUUGGCUGAUCGUGUUGGACCUGGAGAAGGACUAUUGCAUUUGUGAACAGUGGUUGUGGAAUUGAGUAUAUGUUGAAGGGAAGAAAGAAAUCACCGCCUUCUUUUUGGGGAAAAGACUUCUUCACUUAUUAACAGCGACAUCGUCGUCUGCAAGGAACCUUCAAAUCAGCGCACACUGUCUUUUUGACUUAACCUGUCUGUCCAACUUGCUGAACCUGCUUGGAUAUUCCAGCUUUUUAGAACAACUGUUAUAUGAUGUGCAGAGUGAAACGUGUCCAAACACUUGAGUAAUUCUAACCGUGCAUUCUGGGUCCAGCUUGGAUCAGAACACAAGGCAGACAGAAUAGUUGGAUGUUAAAUUAAAGGGACGGUUCACUCUAAAAUCAAACAUGAGCUCCCACCCUCUUACCCGUCAUGCUGUUUAUCCAUCCACAUUGUUUUGGUGUGAGUGUCUGAGUUCUGCGGACAUUGGCUGUACAGAUUUUUACCCCUUAUAAUGAACCAGAUGGCAUGCUGCCUAUUUUGCUCAGUGCCAGAAAAUACAUUUGAAAAACUCAACAGCAGUGUCUCUUUCCCGAAAUCAUGACCUUGUUGUGAAUGGUUGCAUGUAGGAACUAUUUUAUUUCUACCAAGCUACACCCCAACUUAUCACUGCAUAGAAGCAAGCGCACAUCUACUCCCCCUAACCAUAGUAAUGUUGCUAGCUUGUGGAGAAUAGAAUGGUUUCCAUUAUAUUCAGGAGGAGGCUAGGCUGAUGUCUCUACAGCCGAUGUCUCCAGAACUCGCCAACAUAAACCAAAACAAAUCUGCAUUAAAUGGCACUACAGUUAAGAGGAAAAAAAUAUUUUUGAUUUGAACUAUCCCUUUAAGUUUAACUCUAAAACAUCAAAUUGUGAUUAAGAGACAUGCUGCUGCUUGGUUUAAAUGACACUGUAAAUUGGCAUUUAACAAUUUGUCACAUGCAUGGUAAGCCUCAUCUUUAAGAGUCGGCAGGAAGCAAGUUUUGAUCCCUUUUCCAUAAGAGCAUAUUAUAUUAGCUUUGGCCUACUUUAAAACAAAUCUUUGGGUCUGAUGUACCAGUGAGCUGCUCAGUAUUUAUGAAUGUGUUGUCCUUUCUGAAUAAAUGUAAACUUUUAAAUGGUA